CUAUGCUUUUCCCAGCUGCUCAGCGAUUCAAGAGGUCCUCAGCUGCCUUCCUUAACCCAGUGCUACAAAACACGCUGGAAGAUGUGGUCCUGCUUUAUGAGUUUCUUUUAGCUGAGCUUGACAUUGACAAAAGUCAGAGGAUCUCCAUCAAAGAUGAGGAGCUUGCUUCACUGAGGAAGGCUGCUGAGUUUGACACCAUCUGCAAUGAGAUUAUCCCCAAGAGCAUCACAGAGAUCCGCAGGCUGAGUAGCAAGCUGUCUUCCUACCCAAGAGUCCUCAAGAAAGAAGACUUUGAAAGGACAGUGCUGACCAUGGUCUACACAGCCUACAGGGCUGCUCAGUCCCAGGGGCACCAGAAAGACACUUGGGCUGAAUCCUUUGUUAAUCUUUACAAAGCCCUGAAGCACGACUUGAUGUUUCCAUAUAACAAAGAGCCAUCAUAGUGAGAGACUUGAUGCAGCAGCAACUCAGCCACAUCCUCUGGUUGUUAAGCACAUCCACCACUU